AGAGCUGCUUUAGAUAUUUCUAAACAUGUUGGGAAGCGAGAAAGCUCUGACCUGUGCACCUUGCAAUAACAAUGUAGGGUUCCUGCAAAGGACCAACAGUCUGGAAGACAAGGGCCGGAUAGUCAGCUCCCUGAAGGAAAGGCAGUCCUCCAAGAGCCUGCUGGCGUGCGAGAACAGCGAGAAGGAAUCCAGGUUCCGGCGCACCGAGACAGACUUCUCCAAUUUGUAUGCCAGAGAUUUGCUGCCUGCCAAGAAUGGUGAGGAGCAGACCAUGCAGUUCCUACUGGAGGUCGUGGACAUCCUCCUCAACUACGUGAGGAAGACAUUUGACAGAUCCACCAAAGUGCUGGACUUCCACCACCCACACCAGCUCCUGGAGGGCAUGGAGGGCUUCAACCUGGAGCUCUCAGACAACCCUGAGUCCCUGGAGCAGAUCCUGGUGGACUGCCGGGACACGCUGAAAUACGGAGUGAGGACAGGUCAUCCUCGCUUUUUCAAUCAGUUGUCCACAGGCCUGGACAUCAUUGGCUUGGCUGGAGAGUGGCUGACAUCAACUGCUAACACAAACAUGUUUACCUAUGAAAUUGCCCCUGUUUUUGUCCUCAUGGAACAAAUAACACUUCGGAAGAUGAGAGAGAUUAUUGGAUGGUCAAACAAAGAUGGAGAUGGAAUAUUCUCACCUGGAGGAGCUAUCUCCAACAUGUACAGCAUAAUGGCUGCACGGUACAAGUACUUCCCUGAAGUCAAAACCAAAGGCAUGGCUGCAGUCCCUAAACUGGUUCUCUUUACCUCGGAACACAGUCACUACUCAAUAAAGAAAGCUGGAGCUGCGCUUGGAUUUGGAACAGAUAAUGUGAUUUUGAUAAAAUGCAAUGAAAGAGGCAAAAUAAUACCAGCUGAUUUGGAGGCAAAAAUUUUGGAAGCAAAACAAAAGGGAUACAUUCCUCUUUUUGUAAAUGCUACUGCAGGCACAACAGUAUACGGAGCCUUUGACCCAAUACAGGAGAUUGCAGAUAUAUGUGAAAAAUACAACCUCUGGCUCCAUGUAGAUGCUGCCUGGGGAGGUGGACUCUUAAUGUCCCGAAAGCAUCGUCAUAAAUUGAAUGGAAUAGAAAGAGCCAACUCAGUCACUUGGAAUCCACACAAGAUGAUGGGAGUGUUGUUACAAUGUUCUGCCAUUCUUGUCCGGGAGAAGGGUAUACUUCAAGGCUGCAAUCAAAUGUGUGCAGGCUAUCUCUUCCAGCAAGACAAACAGUAUGAUGUAUCCUAUGACACGGGAGAUAAGGCAAUACAGUGUGGUCGACAUGUGGACAUCUUCAAAUUCUGGUUGAUGUGGAAGGCAAAGGGUACAGUAGGAUUUGAAAAUCAGGUCAACAAAUGCCUGGAGCUGGCAGAAUAUCUCUACACUAAAAUAAAAAACAGAGAAGAAUUUGAAAUGGUUUUUGAAGGGGAGCCAGAGCAUACAAAUGUAUGUUUUUGGUAUAUUCCGCCAAGUCUCCGGGGCAUGCCAGACUGUGAUGAGAGAAGAGAAAAGUUACAUAGGGUGGCACCGAAAAUCAAAGCACUGAUGAUGGAGUCAGGUACUACCAUGGUUGGAUAUCAGCCUCAGGGUGAUAAAGUCAACUUCUUCCGAAUGGUCAUCUCAAACCCAGCAGCAACGAAGUCUGACAUUGACUUCCUCAUUGAGGAAAUAGAGAGAUUGGGGCAGGAGCUGUAGUACAGUGGUUGAAUUAUUUAUUUCUCUAGUUCACUGUUUUCCAGCACUGGCUAUUUUUUUAACCAAGUUCUGCAGAACAUGUUUUAAGGAAAUUCUCUUUCUGUAGGUUUCAAUCUCCUAAGACGUCCUUAAACAAAACAACUAUAGGCUACUGAAACAUAUAUGUAUUGGCAGAUCAUAUUACUGAGGGAAAAUGUAUUAUCUUGACGUUGAAGUACUAUUGACUCUUACAUUGG